AUGGAGCAGCGCAAGAAAAGCAAUACCAGCGUGGAGCAGCACGACGGGCAGCACGGCGAGCAGCACGGCGCGGCGGCAUCCGCGGCGCAGGACAAGCCCAAGCCCCGCACCAUCCACAUGCCCAACCUGCCGAGGCCCCUCAGCCUGGAGGAGAAGCGCUACCUCCUGGCCGUCGAGAGGGGCGACAUCGCCGCAGUGCGCAGGAUCAUCCAGCGGGCCGAGCGCACCAAGUCGCUGAACGUGAACUGCGUGGACCCGCUGGGGCGCGGCGCGCUCUCGCUGGCCAUCGACAACGAGCAGCUGGACAUGGUGCAGCUGCUGGUGGUGAUGGGCGUGGCCACCGGGGACGCGCUGCUCAUCGCCAUCGACGCCGGCUUCGUGGAGGUGGUGGAGCUGCUCCUGGAGCACGAGGAGCUGGUGCACAAAGAGGGCGAGCCUUACAGCUGGGAGAAGGUGGACUGGAACGUGGCCAUGUUCACGCCGGACAUCACGCCGCUCAUCCUGGCCGCGCACCGCAACAACUACGAGAUCCUCAAGAUCCUGCUGGACCGCGGCGCCACGCUGCCCAUGCCGCACGACGUCAAGUGCGGCUGCGACACGUGCCUGCGCGAGCAGCGCGAGGACUCCCUGCAGCACUCGGCGGCCCGGCUGUCGGAGUACCGCGCGCUGUCCAGCCCGUCGCUCAUGGCGCUGUCCUCCGCCGACCCGCUGCUCACCACCUUCCAGCUGUCCUGGGAGCUGCGCGAGCUGGCCACGGCGGAGCCCGAGUCGCGCGCCGACUACCUGGAGCUGCGAAAGAGCUGCCAGCAGUUCGCCGUCGACCUGCUGCAGCAGAUCCGCUCCUCCACCGAGCUGGCCGUCAUCCUGAACCACGACCCCAACAGCCCGCCGUACGAGGACGGCGAGCACAUGAAGCUGGCCCGCCUAGAGCUGGCCAUCCUGUACAAGCAGAAGAAGUUCGUGGCGCACCCCAAGGUGCAGCAGCUGCUGGCCGCGCUGUGGUACGAGGGCCUGCCCGGCUUCCGGCGCAAGAGCAUGGUGGGCAAGGCCCAGGACCUGGCCGUCAUCGCGCUGCUCUUCCCGCUGUACUGCACCGUGUACAUGGUGGCGCCCGACUCGCGCCUCGGCCGCCACGUGCGCAAGCCCUUCAUCAAGUUCCUGCUGCACGCCUCCUCCUACCUCUUCUUCCUGCUGGUCCUGAUUCUGGUGUCGCAGCGGAUCGACGUCAAGAUCAUGGCCUUCUUCCACGGCGAGGACGUCAUGGAGCGCCAGCGCGGCAACGCGCCCACGCCCCUGGAGUGGGUCGUGGCGGUGUACGUGCUGGGUUUCAUCUGGGAGGAGACGGCGGAGAUGCUGCGCGAGGGCAUGCGGCGCUACCUGCGCAACCUGUGGAACUUCAUCGACUUCUCGCGCAACCUGCUGUACGUGCUGUGCUUCGUGUUCCGCGCCGCCGCCUUCGUGCAGCAGCGCCGCGAGGUGGCCGCCGACCCCCAGAGCGCCUUCGUGCCGCGCGAGCGCUGGUCCGAGUUCGACCCGCAGCUCGUGGGCGACGGCGUGUUCGCGGCGGCCAACAUUCUCAGCGCCCUCAAGCUGGUGCACCUGUUCUCGAUAAACCCUCACCUCGGACCGCUGCAGAUCUCGCUGGGCCGCAUGGUGAACGACAUCGUCAAGUUCCUCUUCAUCUACAGUCUUGUCCUCUUCGCCUUCGCCUGCGGGAUGAACCAGCUGCUGUGGUACUUCGCCGAGCUGGAGCGCCGACGCUGCUUCAGCCUCCCCGACGGCCGAGCCAACUGGGAGGAGCACGCCGACUCGUGCACCAAGUGGCGCAGCUUCGCAAACCUGUUCGAGGCGUCGCAGUCCUUGUUCUGGGCGAGCUUCGGCAACGUGGGCAUCGACUCCUUCGAGCUGACCGGCAUCAAGCAGUACACGCGCUUCUGGGGGCUGCUCAUGUUCGGCUCGUACUCCGUCAUCAACGUGAUCGUGCUGCUGAACCUCCUCAUCGCCAUGAUGUCCAACUCGUACGCCAUGAUCGAGGAACGCUCGGACACGGAGUGGAAGUUCGCCCGGACGAGGCUCUGGAUGUCGUACUUCGAGCAGGGCGCCACGCUGCCGCCGCCCUUCAACAUCUUCCCCACCCCCAAGAGGAUCAUGCGCCUCUUGCGCCCCAAGUCCGGACUGCGGAGGAUGUCCACCAAGCGCAAGGAGCGCGUGGAGCGCGAGCGGGACUACCGCUACUCGGCCGUGAUGCGCGCGCUGGUGUGGCGGCACGUCUCCAAGUCGCACCGCGCCUGCAUCGAGGCCCCCGUCACCGAGGACGACGUCAACGAAGUCAAGGGCGACAUCUCGGCGCUGCGCUGCGACCUGCUGGAGGUCAUGAGCAGGAACGGCUUCGACGUGAGCGCGGUGCGGGCGGCGGACGACCGGAACGCCCCCGGCAACAAGCGGCAGCGCGUGUGGGAGCGCCGCCUGCUCAAGGACUUCCACGUGGCGCCCGUGGCGACGGUGGACGAGGAGGAGCAGCUCAUCAUGGCGCCGCCGCCGGAGAACGAGACGGGGCUGCAGCGCUUCCGCAGGGUGGCCAAGCUGGCCGUGCUGCAGGCCAGCACCAUGCGCUGGCGCCAGGUCGUCCAGGGGCUGUGCCAGGCGUCGCAGAUCGGGCGCUGCCACAACCGGGAGUCCUUCAUGAACCAGCAGAGCCUGCAGCGCGCCAUGGAGGAGGCGCGUCGGCUGGCGGAGGAGACUGGCGCCGUGGGCCUCAACGCCCCGAGCGGCGGUAGCUCCCCGAUGCCGCCCUUGCCGGGGACGCGCGACUUCCGGGAGUUGCUGCGGGGCGAGCCGCGGCCGCAGCGCCGCGACAGCGGGGACUGUCGGGCCGGCGGAGACCGCGGGGACGCAGGGACCAGCACGGCAGAUUACGGCCCCGGCCCGGCCCUGCAGCGGUUGUCCGUCCGCAGAAGAUCACUGAGCAAGUCAACUAAGCGCCGGGCGCCUGCCACGCCUCGGGUGGAGUCCGUCGACGGCGACCUCGAGCACGCCCACCCGCACUCUGCAGACAGCCGGGGAACGGAGGUGGGCGCCAAGGAGGUUCCCGACGGUCUCCAUGGCGCAUUUCACGACGUGACAGCGGUGAAGGCCGAGGCCUCCCCGACUCCCGGGGACAGCGCCACGAGUUCGCGAGGGUCGACUCCAUCACCGCCACCGCCUCCACCUCCUCUUCCCCCGCAGCACUACGAUCUGCCACCUGCCCUGGCCAGCUCGCCGCCGCCGCACUUCGAGGAGCCGGAGUUCCUGUCCCACCCCAUCCUGCGACGCCGCGACGCCUCGCCAGACCUGUUCGCCGAGGCCGGGCUGCGGGGCUGGGCGGCAUCGUCCCCGGUGCCCGACGUGCCCGACGUGCCCGACGUGGACGCCGCCAGACAGUCCGGAUCGCUCACACGGCGCACCCCCAUCUUCACGCCGAGCACUUCACCGAGCACCGAGCUGCUGCAGGUGCCGCAGGUGGACGGCCGCAGCACGCCGCCAGCCCUCGCCGCCAUCGAGAAGAAGACCAAGUAUCAGCAUCGCGCGGGCGCUUGGCUGUGA